CCACGAGGGUCUACAUGUACCAUAACCUAUCAGUGCCCCUGGCGUUAGAGUUAAAUCAGCUUCGGUAAAGGAGGGUGUUGCCCAAGAUGCUCCUGCUUCAUCUCAGCGUCCUGGCUCUGGUGGCGACCGCGUCCACAACCAGCUUGAGAACUCUCCAGCUUCGGCAGUUCAAUGCAAAUCAAGAUGUCUCUUACAGAUCCAGCAAUGCUCAAAGCCAAGGCAACAUGAACAAAUUUGAAAACUGUGACGAUGAUAUUGAAGACCUUCCAAACGGCGCCAUUUUUUGUGCUUUCUCUGGGUGCCGAAUGACCUGCGAUAAAGGCUACCAGGCCGAGGUGCGGGGUCGUGUCUACCUUGUCUGUGAUCAUAGCACAGGGAAACUGAUGCAUAAUGGACGGCCUUGGAGGGAAUCCGUGCCCAGAUGUGUUCCCAAGUGCGGGAAGCAGGGCUGUCUCAACGGGGGCGUGUGUGUGGCGCCCAAGCAGUGCCAGUGCCAGCUGGGCUUCACGGGAGCCAACUGCGAGAAGGAAGACCUGUUCAUGUUACCAGGGGAGUGCGACCCCCCUUGCGAGAACGGAGGCGAGUGCAUAAUUGACGGCGUCUGCAACUGCCCCAAGUACUUCUCGGGCCUCCUGUGCCAGUACCACCACUGCGACCUCCCACGCAAAGGCCUGUCGAACCACGAUCUUGCUGGAAACCUUUCUCAGCUGAAGAUCAUAUGCAACACAGGCUACAAAAUUUGGUCCCAUCUCUCUCAGCUAAGCAUCGUGUGUCAGAAUGCGAACUGGAUUAUUCCUCGCUUGGGUCCCAUGAGUGAAAACGAUGUCAAUUGCUACCCUGUGUGUAACCCUCCCUGUGCAUCUGGAAGCGUGUGCACGGAACCAGAUUUCUGCGAAUCCGAAAUCUAGAAGAGAAAAAAGUAAAUCAAAUACGGCGGGGAAGACCGUAGAGUUUAGAUGUAGGUAAACACAGGAAGAAGUGAUCUCUCGACCUCACUUUCAAAAGGGAGCAAAGAAUGAGUAAAACGAUGAAAUAAGAAGGUUGUGACAUAACGACAGGAAAUAUUAGAUAAUAAGACAAAGAAAGUGAAUAGAGAUGUAUUAGAUUAGUACUUACUUUUUAAUGCAAGGUCUUGUAGUGAAGUUCCGUGGAGUCGCCAAUGAAUGUGUUUCCGCGGAACAGAAGUAUCUUUAGAUCUUGAAUAAAAUGUAUCAGGA